UUUGCUUAUCUCUUCAUCAAUCACCUAAGAUCCUUCCUUUGCCAAAUUUCUUUGUCUCUCACAAUAUGAGUUCUCAUACGACUGUUCCUCUGCAUCUCGUUUUCUUCAUCGCGCUAACCCUAGCUCUGAUCCCUUUGUCUAUCGCCCAGGACUCGCCCCAAGACUAUGUUGCCGCCCACAAUGCGGCCCGCUCUCAGGUCGGCGUGGGCCCCAUAGCAUGGGACGAGGGUGUGGCUGGCUAUGCCAGGGAUUACGCCAACAAGCAUGCCAGUGACUGCACGCGACUCGUUCAUUCGGGCGGACCCUAUGGGGAGAACCUCGCGUGGGCUUACCCCGAUCUUACUGGCACAGGAGCAGUAAACAUGUGGGUAGGAGAAAAGCCCGACUACGACUAUAAUUCCAACUCAUGUGCACCGGGGAAGGUCUGUGGGCAUUACACACAGGUGGUCUGGCGCAACUCGGUUCGGCUUGGAUGCGCAAAGGCCCAAUGCGCGACGGGCGGUACUUUGGUCACUUGUAACUACGAUCCUCCGGGGAACUUUGUAGGCCAGAAGCAUUAUUGAAUUACGAAAAGUUGUAUGUCAAAAUAAUGCCCCAUUAUGAUGAGGCAAGAGCUUUAGAUGCAUCAAAAUUAAAUAACAUCUAUGAAUGAUGAAGGUAAAUCUCUUUACUGAGGAAAAAGUUCACCUCUUUCAGUAA